AUGGAGGACAUUCGUGCUGAGAUGAUGACUGAAAUCAAGAAACUAAAGGAAAGACAAGGAGGAGGAAGACUAGAAGAAAUACGAAAGAGAUUAAGAAAGCAAUUCGAGGACUAUUGCGAACUGUACAAAAUCGACGGGGGCGAAGUUGAUGACCACGAAGAAUGGAUGAACGCACCAAUCAUAUUCGACGCCGAGGAUAUCGAAGAUGACAUGGAGGAUCACAACGACCCCUUAGUUCUCACAUUACCCAUCGCAGGUUGCAAUAUCAGGAAGGUCCUCAUCGAUGGAGGGAGCUCGGUCAAUGUACUGUUCUAUGACACGUUCAAACGAAUGGAUCUGAAUGACGAGCAGUUGAUGUCUUCGUACUACACCAUAUACGGAUUCAAUGGGGCCCCAACGAAGCCUUUGGGAGACAUUGUGUUACAAGUGAACGCAGGACCAAUGAAGUUUGAUACACGAUUCAGCGUAGUGGACGCUCCUUCCCCUUACAAUGCCAUCAUCGUCCGAAGAUGGGUACACAAGCUCAAAGGGGUAGCAGCGACCUAUCAUCAGUACCUUAGAUUUCCAACACCCGAAGGGGUAAUGGAAAUAAAGGGAGAUCAGGUCACCGCUCGAGAAUUUUAG